AUGAAGAAACAUUUUAACUAUGAAAUUUCUUUUGAGUAGCUAAAUGGUAGAAUGCCUCCUACAAAUACUCCUUGUGAUAAAUAACCCAUCAUUCAUUUCGAUUCUAAUGUACAUGUGUUUUGGCCGAGCGAUCAAAAAUUUUAUACGGCAUUAGAAUUGAAAAAUUUCGUCAAAGAAGACUUCUUUAAUCAUCCAUUGGUAUAGCAUUUAAAACCACUGAUACAUCGGAAACCAAUUCAAAAGUAAUACAUGAAAAGACAGUAUGAAGAUCCAUUAGUAGUAAUGAAUUUAUUUUUACAAUCUUAAGAUGGAAAAGAAAAAAGAAAUCCUCAAAAACCUCUCUUGGUUUGCUGGUCUCAAAAAUAACUCUAAUGA